AUGGACGGCAUGCAGCAGCGCGGGCGCUCGCCGUCUGCGGGACAGCGCGCCCAUAUAAGGCAAACACCCUCGCCGUCACCCCAUGCGCCCUUCCACAAUAACGUGUCUGGCCUCGGCUUCGAUCAAUCGCAGCAGCUACUGAACGACCCCUCCAGCUUCGCCGUCAGCAACGCACAGCUCAACCCUGCGCAGUACCUGUCCACCAUACAGUCACAGCCCUUCCCGCAGCAGCAGGUCCUGUCCGACCAGACCUUCCUCCAGUCCAACCCAGCCCUGUCGCAACACAACACGCCUCACUUUGGGCCGCAAGGCAACAACCUCACACCCGACCACCUCGACAUCACCAAUCCUGGCCCGGCCGACUUCAACAACUUCUUCACGGGCAACGAUCUGAACCAGCCUCAGGCGAUCAACCCUUCUCCAUUCGGCAACUCGCUGGACCCCCACCUGCUCGAGACUCAGCCGCAGCAGCAACAGAACCUCUCGAUUAACCCCAACGACUUGAUGGCCCAGAUGUCUACCGCACAAUCCCAUGCGCCCACACCGCCACACUUGUUGCCAAACAACAUGAACAACCAGCGCAGCCCUAGCCCACACGCAUCACCGCACCAGAAUCAGGGCGCAUUCUCCCCACCAAACCACUCGCGGCAUGCAUCACUGGGGCAGUCGUCCCUCGAUCCUAGCGCAGCAUAUGGACAAGGCACUGAGUGGGCGAACAUGGCGAAUUUCAGGGGACACAGGAGGACUCCCAGCGAGAGCGCAUACUCAGACAUCUCCUCGGCCCAUGCAUCGCCGUUCUUGGUUACUCAGGAUAGCUUCGAGGAAACACAACCGUCCCCGAAUCUGAGUGCACAGAACGAUCCCCAGCUCUUCCAGAACCCUAUCUCGCAGUUCGAUCAAUUCAACCUGAACGAUGGCACACAUAUCAGCCCCAGACACAGUCCUGCCAUUUCCCCGCGCCUGAUCCCACAGCAGCAGUCACUUCCACAGUUCAUGCCUGGAAGUUUUGGUAUCGAGUCCAACAUGAACAAUCAUUUCCAGCAACAGCAGGGGAUGGGUACCUACCAGAACCAGGGCGCAGAGCCAUUUCCACAGCUCAAUGAAUUUGGCCAGGCUGAUACAAUGUCUCCACCAGAGAUCAACAUUGACUUUGCACCGCCAUCGCGGCAAGCAAGCUUCGAGCCACCAAAACCGGGAACUACAGCUGAUGCUCUGACCGAUACUCUGAGUCCACCAGAUCGAUCAAGGAGUCGUAACAGGACACGCGCCAAGUCUGACCCCUUCAGCAGUGUGAGCUCGCGUGCCUCCACUCCUGGCUUGGAGAUAAAUCGAUCGUUGUCUCCCAGCGCUGCAAAGUCGCGCUCGCCUUCUCCUUCUGGCAAGUCUUCUCGUCGUUCAUCGACUUCAAGUGUGCCCAACCGCGACUACAUUCUAGAUCUCGCCGACCCCUCGAGGCCCACCAACCCUGCCGAUGGCUCAAAUUCCAAGCGUACACAAAAGCAUCCUGCAACCUUCCAGUGCACAUUGUGCCCGAAGCGUUUCACGCGAGCUUACAAUCUGCGCUCGCAUUUGCGCACUCACACCGACGAGCGUCCAUUCGUGUGCAACGUUUGCGGCAAGGCAUUUGCUCGCCAGCACGACAGGAAACGACACGAGGGCCUUCACUCUGGCGAGAAGAAGUUUGUUUGCCGCGGUAACCUCAAGGACAACGGUCACUGGGGUUGCGGCAGGCGGUUCGCUCGUGCAGAUGCUCUUGGUCGCCACUUCAGAUCUGAGGCUGGCCGCGUCUGCAUACGCCCCUUGCUCGAGGAAGAAGCGCAAGAGAAGGGUGGUUGGGACGGCCAGCAACAACAGAUGACUAACGGCAACGGCAUGUUCAACCCAAUACCUCAGAACUUCGGUGGCAUGAUGCAGACUCAGCCUGGCUACGAGAACUUCCCUCAGAUGACCCAGGCGCCGCAACAAUCCUUCCUGCCCGCUGCACUUCUUGUACAGUACCCUGCACUUGCGGCCAUGGAUUGGAACUCAAUGCCCCUCAACGGACCUGACGAUGCUGAUGAGAUUAGCGGUCGCAGCAGCUUCGACGCCAGCAGUGGAGGAGAAUACUACGAAGACGAGAGCGACAACUAUCAGCAAGGUCAGCAACAAGUGUUUGCGGGUAACAACAGCGGCUGGGCGAGCGACAGCUAUGACGGGCGGAGCUAA